AUGGUCCUGACUGUGUUCUACGACAUUGAUGGCACGAUAGUGGGCAACGUCCUGCCCCAGGUUGUUGAGUGGCACUUGGUGCAGCGCUACCAGCCGUCACGCAAGCCCAUGUUCAAGGCCAGCCUCGUGGAUGUGCUGCAGCACCACCUGGUGCGCCCCCGCUUCGCCGACUUUCACAACGGCCUGUCUGCCGCCCUGCCCCACGUCGAGUUCUUCGUGUACACGGCGUCGGACCAUGUGUGGGCGCACGUGCUGGUGCCGUGCAUCGAGAAGGCACUGGGGAUCAAGUUCAACCGACCCAUCUUCACACGCCAGCACCUCGUGGACGACGGGGCGGGCGACCGGCACAAGUCCAUCGUGCACGUUGCCCCCAUGGCACACCGAGCCCUCGCAAAGAAGGGCUACCAGGUCAGAGCCGCGGACAUGCUGCAGGACACCGUCCUUAUCGACAACAACAACCUGCUAGUUGCCGCGGAAUACGGGCACACGCUGCACUGCCCAACAUACAACUACGUGCUGUACCAGGACGUGUUGCGGCACGUGCCGCUGAGUGCACUGAGGGAGAACAUGCUGGCCAUCCAGGAGGAGCUUAGGGUGUGCGGCCUGUUCCCCCCGGUGCACAAGCAGAUGUCGGAGGAGGCCUUUACCGCCCAUUACUACGCCGUGCUGCACCAGGCCGUGACGUCUGCAGCCCGUGAUUGCCGCGAUGGCUGGAAGGACGUGUUCUGGUCCAUGCUGUUGCGCUGCGCAGUGUCUGUCGCAUCAAAGCGUGGAUUUAAGGGCAAUGCAGUAGAGGUUAUCAACCAAAAGCUGCAAAAGCAGCUGCAGCGCCAUGCCUCGGAGCAGAAGCAUUCAGUCCAGCCUGGCUUCAUGGCUGAGAAAAGGGCCGCAAAGUCGCGCAAGCCGAGCCCUAAGGGCCGGGAUAUCAGUUGUGUUGGAGAGGAGACAUCUACGGUGGAGCAGCAGCAGCGGCCCGUCGAGGUGUUGGACUGGGGCUUGAUCCGGCUGGUGGAGGACGGCUGCAAGGCGGUGAAGAUCGACCUCGAUGAGAUAUGCGCGUCGUUGUUCAAGGAUCUGGCGCAGCGGAUGAGCAGCGGCGGCGUGUGGUGGAGCGCCACGGGCAGUCUGAUGGACGCGGUGGUAAUAGAGAACCAGCCCGUGCUGAAAAAACCCACUAUGAAGACGCUGCAAGUGCUGAUAUAUGGCUACUUUCAACAGGUCCGUGUGCGGUCAGACCACCCCUGGAGGGUUCGGAGGGUGGCUUUCAUAUCAGCCUGCAGCAAGCUGCGGGUGAUGGGUGCGGUUCUUGUAAGCGCAGGCAAGCGCAAAGCGCCCAUCGUGCCCAAGUGCAGCGGCACCCUGCAUGCGGGCGAAGAGUCAGCGCCAGGCCCCCAAACACCCCAAAACACCAGCCCCCAAUCAGCUCCAGGCCCCCAAAACAUCGCAAAGACCUAUCGUGACAACAAGGCGUCUGGCAUCGCCACCGCUCGGGCGUACCUGCAGUCCCAAGUUCAAGACCAAGACAGGACUGUCGAAGCGGGCAUAAAGGGAGCGAUCAAGAUUGCAGGACCAAUGACCCCCCGCCCUGCAUGUGAAGACGAGGACAGCCGCGAAGAUGACGGCGCCAACGAGUCACAAAGAGUGUGCCACAUCCUAGACACGGACAAGGCCGCAUUCUAUGGGGAUGUUUGGCGCCUGCUGCCGGUACGGCGUCACCCGCCGCUCCAUGCCCAAGCUUGUGAGCACGAUGUACAGGGCGGUGAAGGCCCUGCCCCUACCGUGCACAUGCACAAGCUAGAGGCAGAGGACCUGUUGGGCAUGCAGCUCCUGAUGAACCCCAAAAAGAAGGCCAGCAUAGACGCCAUGUCGGUGGCGUCCAGCUAUGUGUCCCGUAACAGCAGCCGCCGUGCUGCGGGCGCAAAGUGCAGCCCCAGCGCCAGGAACAAGGACAAAGCACCCUCGGCGGGCUCUUCAUCACGCUCCUCCGCCUCGUCCUCGGAGUCUCUGUGCAGCGGGAGCGGUGGCGGCGGGGAUGAGGGCGGCGAGACGUACUACGAGGAGGAGGUGGAGGAGGAGGAGGAGGAUGGGUUGCAGUCUCAGGGAUCCCUGCCGCUCUCCUCCGUGUCCGGCAGGGCCAGGCAGGCCAGGCAGGACCCGCCGCAGUCUGCCGCCAGACCAGCUGCCGCCGCAAAGGCGCGAGGCAGGCCCGCGCCCGCGCCCGCGCCCACGAGCCGGCAGCCCUCCUCGUCCAGCGUGUCCUCCACAACCAGCGGGUCGUCUGACGCGUCCAUGACAUCGUCCAUGGUGUCGCAGCUGCGCCGCAUGCAGAAGCAGCUCAGUCAGGAGGAGAUCCUGGCCAUGAAGCGCGAGCUGCUCUACCAGUUUGAGUGCAUCGAGCACAAGGGCACCAAGCUGCCUAAGAAGUUAACCAUGGCGUCAAGCCUGGACGACAUGUGCACCGAGUACGAGCACCUGAAGUGCGACUGCGAGAUGGACGUGUCCGUGCAGUUCCAAUGCAGGAUGCUGAUGGCGGUCGUGUCGGGCGUCGAGUUCCUCAACGGCCGCUUCGACCCAUUUGACAUCAAGCUGGAUGGCUGGUCAGAGAGCAUCACCGACAACAUCGGCGACUAUGAUGAGAUCUUUGAGGAGCUGCACGAAAAGUACAAGGGCAAGGCCAGGGUUGCCCCCGAGCUGAAGCUGCUCAUGGCGCUGGGCGGCAGCGCCAUCAUGUUCCACAUCAGCAAGAAGAUGUUUGGCUCUCUGCCCGGCGCCGAGGCGGUCAUGCGGCAGAACCCGGAGCUAGCGUGGCAGUUUGCUGCGGCGGCGGUGGCCUCAGCGGACGACGGGGGCCAGGUUGGCGGGCAUGCAGGCCAUGCAGGCCACGGCGGUGGCAUCAUGGGGCUCGUGGGCUCGCUGUUUGGGGGCAGCAGCGGCGGCGGUGGCGGGGUGGGCGACUUCCUGGGAUCCAUGUUUGGCGCUCCAUCUGCUGGCGGUCCACCGCAGGCCACACGCCCUGUGAUGCGUGGGCCCAACAUGGAUGACAUCCUCGGCGACAUCAACCUGCAGGCCAUUCUCGGUCAAGCAGGCGCGGGCGCCACGGUGAAGACACCUACACCCGCGAGCCCCCACACGGUUGACCGCGUGGAGAUGAUGAGCAACGUGUCGGAGUCUGAGCUGAGCGAGCUGCAGGACACGGUGUCCAUGUGCGGCGUGUUUGUGCGCAAGGCUCCCAGUGUAGCUGCCAGCCGUCGGGGCACCCGGGGUGGCGGCUUGACUGUGACAAAGAAACAGAGCAUCGACAUAUAA